GUCAACAUUGGCGAUAAGUUCACGUUUCUUUGUCUGGCUCCGUCUCCAACUCCAACAUCUCCCCGUUUCGUCCGCGAUCUUCAUUAGCCGGGUGUUCAAUCUGGCGGAGGUAUUGAUAUCAACCAGGAUAUCCAGUCAGACAACGGAUUACCUCCUAUCUGUUGCCCUCAACGCAACCCAUUCGUUGGUCACACCAGGCUUCACACCUCAUCACCAUCCAUCAUGACGACCGACGUGCACCAUGCGGCAGCGCAAAUCCUCUCCACCGACCGGACGCGUGAUCCCAACUAUGACGAGCUCUCCUUUGCCCCAUUCCUGCGCAAGAGCUUCGGCUUCGGACUGGCCAGCGACGUGCCAGUGUGCAAGGCCUAUAGCGAAGGCCACUGUCCGCUAGGACCCGCCUGCCCAGAUCGCCACCCGACACCGUCGCGCGUCACCACCUCCACGACCACAGCAUCGGGGCUGGCCCCGUCGACCACCCACGGGUCGCUGGUGUGCAAACAUUUCCUCAAGGGGCUCUGCAAGAAGGGGCUGAAGUGCGAGUAUCUCCACGAAUACAACCUGCGGCGCAUGCCCGAGUGCCAGUCCUUCUCGCGGUCCGGCUACUGCCCCAACGGCGACGACUGCCUGUACCAGCACGUGCGCGAGGAGGCGCGUCUGCCGCCCUGCGAGCACUACGAUCGGGGAUUCUGCCCGCUGGGACCGUUGUGCGCCAAACGUCACGUUCGCCGACGGUUAUGUCCCUUCUACUUGGCCGGGUUCUGCCCUGAUGGCAAGGCGUGUCAGUCGGCACAUGCGCGGUGGUCAGAGAAUCUGCCGCCGCCGUCGAUGCGCGUGGAGAAGACGGAGGAGGAACGAGAACAGGAGCGGGUGUUGAUCCGGGAGGAGCAGGAGAAGGAGAAGGAGCGGGAACGCGAAUGGCGCAGCGAGCGUGGGCGUGGCGGGGGCUUCAUGCGGGGACGGUAUCGGGGGCGCGGACGGGGAUAG